UGCAUGUUUGUUUACAUUCAUGCCGCGUGAAACCGCUCGAUUGUUUGUGUACCCGGCGAGUGACUUUUUCCCCUCAAGCUUUUGAACAAGACUGACUGAUCGUUCGUAUUUAAACUUAGACCUAGCAAUCUAAGAAAAAUGGAUAGGUCUUUUUCAGCUACUGGAAGGAAUUUAUCUAGUUUACAGAUUUCAACUUCAAAAAACAUGUAUCGAUCUAGUCUGGGAUCAAGACUUUCGUCCACGAAAAAGACUCUUGGAAAGAUGAAUACGUCUGGACGAACCAGUCAUUUCCCACACGUGAUUUGUAAAAGUGUCAACUACGUGGUUGAAAGUUUUGGAAACGAGUUGCCGCAUCCAGUGACGGAAGCAUUAAAGUUUGCAGACCCUCACAUGGACAAGAGUUGCACCAUCUCACCGAACGGCUGGGCGUGGUUCGUGUGCGGGCUGCGUCUGGUGGUGUGGCAGUACAAGAGGCUAGCGGGCGCUCAUCCGACCAAGGACCCGUUCUACGAGCUGGACCUUCCGCCCAGCGACCUCGCCCACAAGGCGGAUCUCGUGUCCGUCUUCCUCGUUGAGGGCAGCCACUACCCGUCGUGCGUCGCGGUCUCGCCGGAGGGCGCGGUGCGGUUCUGGGUGGGCGUCAACCACACCAAGCUCCACGAGGAUGACGGAGCCAACCUGCAGGGGCAGGAGUGCGACCGGCUGGUGGGCGUGGACCCCGCGGGCUGCGUGCUAGCCACCACGACGGGCGGCCUGGUGCUGGUGUCCCUGCGCGUCGACCCGGACGGCCCCGUCGCGGUCACCUGCCGCCUGCUGCGUCCCGCUCACGGCUGGCUGGGCGGCAUCGGCGGCCGCGUGUCCUCCUUCAUCUUCGGCGAGCUGCCUUCCUCCCAGCUCACCGAGACCAAACUGGUGAAGCUGGUGGCGGUGAGAGACGCUGGGCGGGCGCCGGACGAGUGGCAGCUGAACGUGCUGGCGGAGGACGUGCUGCAGAAGUGGUCGCUCAGCCACGCCGGCUCGGAGAAGCUCGAGUACAAGGUCCACGUCAGCACCGUGGCCAGGGAGGAGUUCCUGGAGACCGCCUUCAAGGAAUCGUGCGUGGGGGGCACGAACGAGAUAGACGUGAAGAUGUUGGACAUGCAGCCGGCGAGUGACGGGCUUCUGAUUCUGAUGUCUGCGGUGAACCCGGAGUCUCGAGAUGUGCACUAUGCACUCGGGAAGCUGAACACGAGUAGUGACGAGCGCCCCACGAGGUUCGCUUUCUUCUGCGUUCUGAAGACCAUCAGCCCCCAUCGCAGGGAGGACGACGACCAGGCCAAGUACCAGUUUCUGAUCGCCAGCGAGAGAGUCAUGCUGUACAACAACCAGACGAUUUCCAUCGUACCAGCCGCUGCUCUCGGGGACACCCCGGACACAGUGCAGUUCAUAUCCCCGCGGGACAAGCUGCUGUGCGGGGCACCCCACGAGGAUGGGGCGGUGUUCUUCUCCACGCUGCAUGGCCUCAUGUCCGUGCUGCCGUCGGAUUCCAUGCACGCCGACCAGUCGAGCAUCAACAUGAGCUUCAACGAGACGUUCCCGUCGGACGUGACCGCCACCCAGUUCUCCGACUGGGGGCUGAACUUCUCCGUCACCGAGGUCAACCUGGCGGAGCUCACGAUGAACAAGGACAGCUGUGCCCAGCUGAAGGCUGCCUUCAUAUACUACAUCAAGAAUAGAGGGAACAUGGGGAAGAGCAGCGAGAUCUUGGACAGCGUGUUCCCGCUGGAGGUGGAGCCGGUCAUAGACAUAGACGCCAGGCUGGACACCGUGGUCGUGAGCGUCAGUCGGGAACUGGUCAACGACGCUCCGAGCGGCGACCCUCGCUGGGCCCAGGAGGACUCCUCAGUGACUGGGAUCGGUAGAGUUUCCUCACUGCAGAUACUUCACCAGUUGGAGGGCAAGCGCCUGGCUCUCGAGAUGUUCAUCACGUUCCUGAAGGAUUCUAAACUGUGGAACCGGCUGUCUGCAGUCACGUCUCACGGUACAGUCAGGGCGACCCCGUACAUCCUGCGGGAACAUGCCGAGAAGGUGGAGGCUGCUGUGGCCCUGAGGACCCUCCAGUCGUCCCACAAGAUUAUUGCAACUGGCAUCACUUAUAUGAUGGAAGAGAAAGGUGCCCGACUUUACAAUGGAUUGUCCUAUCAAGACCUAUUCUACAAGGAGGUCUUGGAGGUGCACAAGCUGCUACAAGUGUUGGUGAAGUACUGCCAGGACUUGGCCACAGAUAAGCUUCAGGAGAUGGCCACCAGGGUCUCCGAAGUCAACACUGUCGUUCUGUCGGUGCUGAAGGAAGUGAACGAGUUCCGCAGCCAGCGGGCGGCCACGUUCUCCCCGGCUUCCACUCUGAGCGCCAACGUCCGAGAGUACUUGCCGUGGACCGCUGCUCCGGGAAGGGCCGGGCUGAAAGAUGCUCUGGAGUCCCUGAGGAAGCUGACGCUGAAACUGGGAUUGCACUCGCACGUGGGAGCGGAGCUGGCUCAGCAGCUGGUGGAGCUGACCGACUUCAUCCUGGACGGGCGGAAGUGCCACCUGGAGAGUCUGCGCGGCACCGACCGUUUCGUUUUCCACCUGCAGAGCUACGAGGGAGACCGAUACAACCUCAUCAAACCCUUCCUGGAUGUGGAAGAGUACGAAAAGGCUGCAAUGCUGGCGGAGAAGUACUGUGAUUUCAAGAUCCUCAUAGAGAUUUGCGAAAUGAGUGGCGACGUGGAGCGACGGCAACGAUACAUGCAAAUGUUCUCGGAGCAAGGCUUCCCGCAGUGCCUGUUCAAGUGGCACCUGCAGGAGGGCAAGGCGGGCAGGCUGCUGAGGGAGUUCGGGCGGCCGGACCAGCCGCGCUCAGUGCAGCAGGCGCUGGCCCAGUUCCUGCGGCCCCACGCCCACCUGUCCUGGCUGCAGCACGUCGCCUGCGGAGACCUGGCCCGGGCAUGCCUCGCCCAGCUCCAGCUGGCCCGGGCCGAGCUCCGGUCCGCGCAGCGCAAGAAGAUCAUGCUGGCCUCGGCCAAGCUGGACAUGCUGUGCUCGGACGAGCCGGAGAGCAGGAUCGAGGACGUUGUGCGGACGAUCGACCAGGAGAUGGACCUCAUCAGGUACCAGGAGCUGCUGCCCGUGUCGCUCCUGGAGUCCCAGGGCUUCGACGUCGACAACAUGAGGGUGCUCACCCCGACCGAAAUCAUCAACUUAAUAAUUUGCGAUGAGAACCACAAUGCUCAAGACUUGGACUUCAAACAGGCGGUAGAGCUCUUGAAGUACGUGUCUGAUGAUAUUGAAGUUGGCGAUCUCAGGCACAAGAUCUGGUGCCAGGCCGUCCUGAGAGACGACUGGGUCAACAUGGACACAUCUUCACCCACGAGUGCCAUCCAGGAGACAAUGUUCUUCAAACUGGCCAAUCACAUGGUCGACUCAGGAGAAAGGCCUGAGGAAUUCUUGCCUCAGUUUGACCGACUCUUAGAAGCCAGUGAGCUAGACAGUUUGCGGCACAACAGCACAUUCCAGUUUUUACUGAAGAUGUGCUAUGAACACAUCCACCAAGAGGCCAGCGAGGAUUCGUCCACGGUUGCAUCGUGAAUGCUUCUAUUGCUCUCACGAGAGACUGAUAAACACAUCCUGAGACAACUGUUAUGUGCCUUGCUUCUUGAUGGCCGAGAAACUUUGAAUUUGUACAGUUUGUGCAUAAAUACCUCUUUUUGUGAUUAUUUUGUACGUCGUGAAUGUGAGAUUUUUUUUUAAACAUCUGUUGUAUGUGAAAUGACUAUUUAUAAUUUUAAUAUAAUAAAAAAUUCUUCAAUCGUA